AAAAAUAGGCUGGAGGAAAAAGAUGUGACGAUGAUUAAUCUGAAUUUAAUGGAAUAACAUGCUUUUUGUCGGUGAACAAGCAUGGCCAGCGAGGUGGAUGCCCAGUAUGAAGCCUCCGAUGAGUCCUCAGAGAAUGAACUCCUCGAUAAGAGUCUAUCUGUGUGGAAGGGUUGGAAUGUGAAAGAGACCUUUGACCCAAUACCCCUUGACCUUCACACUGCUAGUAGCAUUGGUCACUAUGACUGUGUGCGAUCAUUUAUUGCAAGAAAAGUUGACUUGGAUAAAAAGAACCGUGGAGGAUGGACUCCGCUCAUGUACGCUUGUUACAUUGGUCACGAUAACAUUGUCAACUUGUUAUUAGAUGCCAAUGUGUCAGUCAACAUUAAAAACAGCAAGGGUCAGACACCCUUAAUGUUGGCGUCCAGCUGUGGUAAUGAGAGUGUUGGCUACUUCAUCUGCCAGCAAGGAGCAGAGCUAGAGGCACGCGACCAAAAAGGAUGGACUGCUCUAUUCCAUGCUACAUAUGCUGGACACCAAAACAUGGUACAGACUCUGCUGGAGCAGGGUGCCAACAUAGACGCUGUAGAACCUAGUAUGGGUAUUACACCUUUCAUGGAGGCUGCGGCAGAGGGACACGAAAUCAUUGUACAGAUAUUUCUACAACAUGGAGUGACCGUCAAUACCAAAGCUCAUAACGGAGAUACAGCUCGAUCUCUAGCUCUAAUUUAUGGACACAUAAAGAUUGUGAGCCUCAUUGACAACCAUAGCAUGCCCAUAACUUGUCUACGAUCUGAAGCAGGUCUGGAUGCUGAUCUCAGUUCAUCAGAUGAAGCUUUUCCUGUACGCCGGACACAGCAGAGUCGUCGAGGCAAGGGAAAGGGUGGACCCAGUAUACGAGAUGGACCAGAUGCCAUUGCACGACUGAUAGACCGGUCUCAUCCAGGCAGUGCAGAAAACUCACACCCAAAAGUGCCAAAAGGAUACCUGAGUUUUAAGCAGAAUGAGGCUGACCCAAGUGAUGCACCAAAACUGUCCUUCCGCGAUGUCACUUCACCAAUCAACCAACAGGAUUAUAAUAGUGCUCUGGACAGCUCAGGGGGCAAAGAUUCUUGUGUAGAUGAACACGAAGAGGAUGGUAAUGCUUUCUCUAAGACUGGAGCCCUCACUAUAAAGAGUAGUUCUGGCUCCAGUGGUGGGUUGAUGGCUGCUCUGGGGAUAAAUCGGGAGAGUAGUCUGGACAGCGAUGAUUGUCAGCCGCAAGAUAGCAUCACGUCACACUCUGGAGUUUCCUCACUAGAGGGCAGCACCAACAGUCUUAAUGGCACUGUACUCUCCCCUGCCAGUAGCUUCAACAAAGACUUAGAGACAGCGUUGAAAAAUAACAGUGAUAGGGUCAGUGAGAGUGCUAGCAUACCGUGUGAUGAGGCCAGUCUGCCAGGUGGCAGUGGGAAGGACUCUGAACCCAGUCAACUCCACAGUGGUCAUCACAUCAGCAAAUCAGAGGCCUCAAAGUCUAUUGCAAAUUCAUCAUCCCAGUCUUCAUUUGUCACAUAUAAUCAUUCAUCAAGCUUUACCACAAGAGCUGAAUUGGCUACAAUGAGUUCCAAUUCUCAAACAUCCAUGCCGUGUUUUAAUAUUAAUCACCAAAACAGUCAUCAGCCUCAACCGUCCAGUUUCAGCAUGAGUAGCCAAGCUCAUCCUGUUAGAUUGAAUGCAGAACCGUCCAAUUUUAACACAAAACCAUCCAAUUUCACGUCAUGUAAUCAAUUUGAAUCUAAACCCAGCAAUAAUGGUGCCGCAUCACAAAAUGACCGCCAACAACAUUUAGGGUACGUCUCCACGCCCAAGGAGUUUGACGUCACAGCAGACAAUAACCUGCCCCCUACAGACAAUAACUACCCACCACCAAACAUGUUCCCAGGUCUUGGCUCCAAUCCUGUCACUUGUGCAGCACAGAUAGGUUACCAACUGUUUCCUACUCCCCCAUCUAUCAACACAGGGAUUCCCCAAUCUUCCGUAAUGCAACCAAACCAGGGAGUUACUCAGUCUCCCACAAUGCAACAAAAUCAGGGGGUUCCCCAAUCUCCCAACAUGCAGUCAAACCAAGGGCUGCCCCAAGCUCCCACAAUGCAACAAAACCAGGGGGUUCCCCAAUCUCCCAUCAUGCAGUCUAACCAGCCCAUGGUUUCAAACACCGGUAUUCAGCAAUCCAUCAUUCCUCCUGGCCCAGCAAUGGUGGCGUCAAAUUCUGUGAUGGCUUCUCAUCCUGCUGUCACCAAUGUUGUCAUGGCAGCCAAUCCAAUGAUGACCCAUAAUGCAUUGCUGCAGGAUCAGCAAUUUUUCGGGCCUCCUAAGGCUGAUGGUCAGCCACAGGAUCUGGCUGGACUGCUUGACCAGUUAGGACUGACCCGGUACCUGGCUGUGUUUGAGGAGCAGGAUGUUGACCUACAGGUGUUUCUGUCGCUGACCGAUGCAGACCUUAAGGAAGUUGGAAUAAAACUUUUUGGGCCCCGUAAGAAGAUGACCAAUGCAAUCGCUCGUUGGCAUAACCGUGGGCCGAUAUGUCAAUCGAACCUGGAGCAAGCUUAUGCUGACCGUCUGGAUACCGAGAUGCAGGACAUGGGUCUCCAGUUACGCAAGUCAUUCGAGCAGAUUGAAGCCCUGAAGGCUCAAGUUUUACAGGAACAACGAAUCCGUAAUGUGACGGAGAGUUGGCUGACAGACAUACAGCAGAUCAGCUUCGAUACAAGACAACGAUGUGAAGAGAUGAAAGAGUCACUGAGAAAACUCAAACAUUUUCACACAGAGAUAAAGAUAAAAGCUGAUUUGAGGGAUGAGAAAAGAAACCAACCCAUACCUUCAACAGAGGCAAGAAAUAUGAGUGAUUUGGCAAGUGCAAUGAGAGAGGAUUUGUCAUUGGAUGACAGAACAAGAGGUUCAUCCAAUGACAAAGCAGGUUCCUCAGCUGAUUUGGCUAUCAAGAAAAUUGAACACUAUAUAAAAGACCUUCAGAAGUAUCUUGCCAUGAUUACAAUGAAUGCUGACCGACUUCUAACAUGGGGAGCUAAUUCUCACUCGCAGGAUUCCGGGUUUUCGUAGCAAAAGUCUGUAUCUAUUUUAUCCAUACUAGUGUCAAUUAUAUAUGGAGAUUGAACAUAAAAUUACAGACUCACAUAAUGUUACGGACUGUCACAGCUAAAGUCUGGUUGUUUUAGAAAUGAUUCGUGUGAAUAUUGUGAAAGCCUUUCAUCCUAAAAUUACAGAGAGUCACAGCAGAAGUCUGCAUUUCUCGCAGUGCAAAGGUUACUUGCAGUUUGAAUGUGACCAGUUAAAAUAAAACAUAUGAGUGCAGAAGUCUAAGAAAAGAACUGUGCAAUAUUAGAUUUCGUCAGUAUCAUCUAACUUGUAUCUGGUGAGAGAUAUCAUCCAACCUAAUGUAUGCAAAGAUCUGGAUUGUUAUCCAGGACUUCUAAAUAAUAAAGUCCUUGUUAUAUACGUCAUAUUUCUAGUAAGAGGUAUGUAAGGAUUUUUACAUUCAUAGUCUAUGAAAAUAUUUGUGAAAUAAUUUAUGUCUGGAAAGCAUACAUCAACAGAGUUUAGUAAAAACCAAAUGAUUUAUCUGGAAAAUGUCUGUAAUUUACAGCAGUUUGGUUUCUUCAAUUUCGUAAAAACAGAUAGUUUAUAAGUAUUUGUAGAAGCAAAGAAUGCUUGUAGUAAAUGAAUAUACAAAAUGGAAUACAGAAGACUGCAGAAUGUUUGUCUCUUGAAUUAGUAAAGUGUGAUUGCUAGAUAAGAUGAAUAACACCAUAAAGUACUGGUGGUAACUAUGGAAACAAAUAUUCUAAUACAAUAUGAAAUUUCAUGAUAUAAGGGAAUGUAUUGUAUGUAAAAGGCAAAUGAGUUCAAUCUUCUAACCUAUCAUGGUUGAAGAAAUAGUACAAUUUAAUAUUAAUGUUACAUUGUUGACAGUACAAUGUUGACAGACAAUGUUGACAGUAAACAUGAAUUAACUAUGACAGGUUAAUUAAAACGGUUGUGUAUAAAUAACUUCUGGACAGAUAUGUUUGUUUCGUCAUAAGAAUGAAAACCAUGAUUUCUUAAAAAAAGAAAAUUUUGUUUUAUAGUACGUUAUGUUGAGUAUGAUUGUUGACUGUGUUUGUAGUAUGUUUGAUGAAGCUCUGUAUAGGGCUGAUCUUUUGAUGCAAUAUAGUUCAUUGUAAAGCCUGUUUAUAUUUCGUCUCCAUAUUUAGUACUAAAUUAAAAUGCAUGACUUUAGAUAAUACAUUUUGAGAUUUAAGUUUAAUAAUCAAAAUUUGUCGCUGAUUGCGUUAUUUUAUUGUUUUGUUUUUGUUUAAGUAAAUGUGAGCUACACAACUUAGAAUGAACGUUUUCUUCAGUUAGCUUUGAGAAAUAUUUUUCACUUGGUUCUGUAUAUGUAGCAAUGCUACAAAUGCAGAGAAGUAACAUUGUGAUACUGGGUAGCAGUUUUAUCAUUAGUGAAUGACAAAUUGUAAAUUCUUCUUCUAAAUUUUAUAAAUAUAUGACUUUGUAAACUGUUUUUACUUAUUCUUAUAUUACAUUGAAUUCAUUUUUUU